GAUGCGAGAUUUGUAGACCCGAGCAUUGGAUUACUGAUGCCUCCCCUCCAGACCCCGAGCAACCUUGCUGUUUUUUGUGAUCACAACUACACCGUGGAGGAUACAGUCCAUCAGCGGAAAAGAAUCCAGCAGCUGGAGGAGCAAGUGGAGAAGCUGCGGAAGAAACUCAAGACAGCGCAGCAGCGGUGCCGGCGCCAGGAGAGGCAGAUCGAAAAACUGAGGGAGAUCGUUCAGUUCCAGAAAGAAAAGGACAUAUUGGCAGGGAAGGGCUAUGUGAUCCUGCCCAAUGACUAUUUUGAAGUUGUGGAAGUACCUGCCUAG